AUGGCUGUUAAAAGGAUUUUUCGUUAUCUGGAGGGUUGUCCAGACAUCGGUCUAUGGUAUCCUAAGGAUGAUAACUUUGAUUUGAUUGCAUUCAGUGAUUCUGAUCAUGGCGGCUGCAAGAUUGCUGCAAAGUCAACUUCAGCGGGAUCUACUUUACAGAUCACUCGUAAUCCUGUACAGCACUCAAAGACCAAACACAUCGAGAUUAAGUAUCAUUUCAUACGAGAUUGUUAUGAAAAGAAACUUAUCGAUGUUGUGAAAAUCCACACGGAUCACCAACGUGCCGACCUGUUUACAAAAGCUUUUGAUAAAUCACCUUUUGAUUAUCUUCUUUUGGUCAAUGGCAUCAAGGUGAAACUCGAGUAG